GCCCACUAACAUUUCUAACAGAAAAAAAAAUCGAAAGAGGCUAAACUACUCACCCUAUUCAAAGGUUAACAUUUACAUAGAUGUCACUCCAGAUGUAGCCUACAGUACUCUUAAAGCCGGUUUUGGAUUAAAAACUGAGGAACCACAGACAGAAGAUGGAAGUGACGGGUUUUAAGCUAUUUGUUGGGAAUUGUAUUUUUGUCAACUUUGUAAAUGUUGAGACUUCUCUGACGCUUACAGUGGUUUCCAUGACCCCCUAUUUAUUUUUUCAUAACUUCGUGCAAAAUUACCUUUAUAGGCUACACUGAAAGUUAUAAAUCGUACCUUGUGUAGUAUUUUGGAUGGAGCGUCUUUUUCGUGGCACUUCUGUCUUGACAGUCCAAAACUGCGCAGCGUGACGGAGCAGGGAUGUAAUUUGAGAGAGGGGUAGCCUAUCAUUAGCCAAAACCAAGCGCGGCGCUUGAGAAAUCCAGAUGUUGAAAUUGAGGUUCAGCGUUUCGUGGGGCACUUUCAAAACGUUCGCAGUUGGAUGCGUUUCUUAAACUGCUCCAUUGUGGAAUCUUCGUGGGAAAUAUAUGCUUAAAGAUAAAGGAACGUAGCUUUUUAAAAACUUGUCAAGCUCACGUGACGAUUGUUUGUGGCUGAGCUUACACGAGGAGAGCUGAUAGAAGACCUAAAAAUAUCUCAAAGUUUGGUGCUAGUACUUUCGGUCUGUUCGCUUUUGGAUACAUGCCUUGUAAGUUUAAAAAUGUUUGUGAUUGGUGAGGGAAUUAAAUAUAUACUUUUUGCGCUCUGAAGAAAAGCAUCUUCUGUUCACGAAUUGCCAAGAAGUGGGUAGCAUGGCUUUUCUUCACUUCAUAAUAGCUGCAGGGAUGUUUUCAUUACCCCUAUGCGGUGCAUUUUUUAAGGGACCUCUGUAUCCCGAAAUGUCUAAUGGCACUUUCCAUCACUACUUUGUGCCGGACGGUGACUAUGAGGAUAACGAUGAUCCUGAAAAAUGUCAAAUGCUUUUUAAAAUGACAGACGACCGAAAAUGCGGUCUUGACGAAGACCACGAUUCGGUCAUUCGAGAUGAUUUCACGAUCAUCAAAAGACAAAUCGAAGACUCCGCCAGAGUUCUGGAGGGAAUCGGGAAAAGCAUCUCGUUUGACUUGGACGGAGAGGACAGCUAUGGAAAAUAUUUGAGAAGGGAGACCACUCAGAUUGGUGAGGCAUUUACAAACUCUGAGAAGUCUCUGUUAGAACUGGAGGUGAAAUUCAAACAGAGUCAGGAGAAUGAGCUGAAGGAGGAGCACCGCAUAAACGACGACUUUCUGAACAUGGUUGUCCACACAAGGGACAUGCUAAAAGAGACACUGGACAUAUCUGUUGGGUUGAAGGAUAAGUACGAACUUCUCUCUCUCAUCAUUCGAAGUCACGGGACUAGGCUGAGUCGACUGAAAAAUGAAUACAUGAAAGUUAAACAUGGGUAAGCUACAAAGCUUAGGCCUAGCUAUAGAAGACGCUAUACAAAAAAAUAUAUGCACCAAAUUAUGUUGUAAUUCAUUCUUUUUAUAAAAACAGAGGGACAACAUGCAGAGAAAGAAAUGUUACCAGUGUUUUAUUUAUUAAACAAAUACAAUAGACUUAGUAGUGUUUCAAAUGUCUUGGUUGAGAUGUAUUUAAUUGACAAUGCUGUCAGUUUAUUUAGUUUAUCAAUGGUUUACUUCUGGCAUUAUUUGGGGAUUUGCAAUAUGGCUGGGUUGGGUUAAUAUG